UUUCGAUUAGGUUUUUCUUCUAUUUGGGGUGAUUGGAUUUUACUUUUCCUCUUAUCCUCGUCAAAAUGAGGUGUUUUAUUUACUGAAAACCCAAACCUCUCUCUCUCUCUCUGACUCUCAGCCUCCUUCACUGUCGAUGGCGGCGAAACGGCGGCAUUCAGUGACUCUUGUCUUGGUCUCUCCAUGAAUUCAAAGUCAAUCACUUAGUGACUCAUCGUCGUCUCUCUCUCUCUCUCUCUCUCUCUCUCUCUCUCUCCUGGACGGUCGCCGGCACAAGCCAUCUCCCUCUAUCCUCGAAGGUCGACGGCACCGACCCUUUCUCCUCGAAUUAGACUGGAGCAGUGGAAGGCGAUACUGUUGGAAUCGAGAGAGCGGGAGAAGAAGUCAGUUCGCGUUUCGUUUGGAUCAAUCUUGAAAGCUUGGCUAUCGAAGGGGUAUUGUUCGGUUUUGCUGUGAGGAGGAAGAGGACCUGCGUUUUGGAUAACUGCGUUUUGAGCCAAGGAGAAGAUGAGGGACUUGGGUAUAGGGUUGGGAUCGAUACUUAGUUUUUGGGACGUGUUAGUGCAAUAAUGUUUGCGAGAAGAGGUCCAAGAGGCUGCGCUUAUGCAGAUCCAGAAUGACACCUUAUUAGUCCAAAGGAAUAUCAAAGUUUUCGAAUUGGAAGCAAUGGAAAUCUACAAGGAGUUGGCCUUUUCAUAGUGAGCAGUAUUUCGAGUAGGAGAAAGAAAUGUAUACAUGAGCACAUGCUCAUGUAUAUAAAUUUGAUUGGAAAUUGCAGGUUGUUAUGUCUUGUGUAGACGGUAGCCCAGCUGCUCGUGCUGGUAUUCAUGAGGGAGAUGAGUUGGUUGAAAUUAACGUGAGAAGUUUAAUGCAUGGUGUUGACACUGAAGCAGCAGUACAGAAGCUUAGAGGCCGAGUUGGAACAACUGUUACAGUAAAAGUUCACAGUGGCAAUGAUUUGGGAAGUGAUGCUAGUAUAAGAGAGGUGAAAUUACCUCAGGAGUUCAUUAAGGUUUCCCCAAUUUCAACUGCAACCAUCCCUCAUAGAACCCCAGAUGGACAUUUAACAAAGACGGGUUAUGUGAAGCUGUCAGCCUUCUCUCAGACUGCUGCAGCUGAUAUGGAAAAUGCUAUCAAGGAAAUGAAGAGUCAGGGUGUACAUUCAUACAUACUGGAUUUGAGGAACAAUCCGGGUCAGGUUUGGUUGUGGCUUGUGUCGGUAUUGCUUUUCAUUGAGCUACUUGGUCUUUUUCAUGUGACAAGCUUCUUUGAAUGAGAAGAGGUUGAUGUCGAAUGAAUGAGUUAAGUCAGAAGAUUCUGGGAGGAUUGCCGAGGCUAGGACACUAAAUCAGUAGACAAUGAUUUACAAUAUUCAGCUAGUAUUAAUUAGUACCUUAUAAGGUGAGCAUGUCAUUUGCUUUGACCAGGAUGUCUUUUGUUAAUAAUGUGCUAUCUUUGAUGUUUCAUAUUACUUCUUUUCAAAUGUAAGGAUUUUGUAAUAUUUGUCCUCUUGAAGUUUUUAGAUGUUUCUCAUAGUCCUGUUCAUCUUUCAUAAAUUUGGAGAACUUUAAAAUUUUGAGGAAUUGGGAUAGAGGCGUAUACGUACUAUAUUUAUUAGUAUUCAGGUAAAUAUUCUUUGUGAUAGACUAUUCUAUCUAUAUAUUCUUUCUAGUGUCUGUUGAUUGCUUUCUUUUGUUUGUCAUUUUCAUGUUUGGUUUUUAUGUUUAUUCAAGGUUGGCUAUCAAUACAAUUCUGCCAAGUCCAUCUAUUAAUUUACUGUUUUGAUAUUCAUGAAAAUAUGCACAAGUAUAGCUUUCAGAUUAU